AUGAGGAGUCUGACGCCGUAUCUACUCUUCCGAUUGGCAUUCCUUUACUUCUUUGUUCAUUCUUGUCAAGCCAAAACUGUCACUCUUGACUUCAAUGUUACAUGGGUGAACGCCAAUCCCGAUGGCCUCUCCGAGAGAAAGGUGGUCGGUAUCAACGGGCAAUGGCCACUGCCUAUUAUUGAGGUGGACAAGGGAGACCAGCUUAUUGUCAACACAUAUAAUGGCCUUGGUGACAAGUCCACUUCGAUCCAUUGGCAUGGUAUGUUCCAAAAUGGAACAAAUAACAUGGAUGGUCCAUCCAUGGUGACUCAAUGUCCUAUCCCUCCUGGCUCCUCAUACACAUACAAUUUCACUGUUAACCAAAAUGGAACGUACUGGUAUCAUUGCCACACUGAUGCCUGUUAUCCCGAUGGAUACCGUCAGGCGUUGAUCGUGCACGAUAACAGCUCAUACUUCAACGACAUGUAUGAUGAAGAGUUCACGGUUACUGUCAGUGACUGGUAUCAUGAGCUUGUCGAGGACAUUAUGCCGUCAUUCAUCAACUUGGCCAAUCCCACUGGUGCCGAACCAAUCCCUCAGGCUUUCCUCUUCAAUGAUACUUUGAACAGUAGUAUUUCCGUUGAACCUGGCAAGACCUAUCUCUUCCGUUUGAUCAAUAUUGGGGCUUUCGUUGCGCAAUAUUUCUACAUCGAAGAUCACACAUUCCGCAUCGUUGAGAUUGAUGGAGUAUAUACGGAGCCUACCGAGGCCGAUAUGCUCUACAUCGCAGUUGCGCAGCGAUACUCCAUCCUUGUGACCACAAAGAACUCAACGGAGAAGAACUAUCCAAUUGUGACGGUUGCCGACUCAGCCCUUUUGGACACAAUUACACCAGAGCUCAAACUCAAUCAGACAAACUGGCUCGAAUACAACUUUAAUGCCGCUCACCCUCAAGCCGUUAUGACCGUGGACGUCGCCUCAGAUCUUAAUCCGUUCGACGACUUCACGCUAGUUCCCUACGACAAAGAGCCGCUUCUACCAGAUGCUGACAUGACGAUUGAUCUCACAGUCAUGAUGGAUAACCUUGGUGACGGAGCAGGCUAUGCCUUCUUCAACAACAUCUCUUACACAAGGCCGAAGGUACCAACCCUCUACUCCGUCCUCUCAUCCGGAAACCUCUCGACAAACGCCGAAGUCUACGGAGAAUACACACACCCAAUGGUUCUGGGCCACAACCAAGUUGUAGACAUCGUCCUCAACAACGGCGACUCCGGCUCCCAUCCAUUCCAUCUUCACGGUCACUCGUUCCAAGUCAUCGAGCGCUUCCCUUCAUACGGUGAGCACUUCUACGACUACGCCGACGGCGACCCAGUUACCUACGACCCAUCCAACCACACCGCAUUCCCAAAGUACCCAGCAAGACGAGACACCCUCGUUCUACCUCCUCAGGGCUACUUCGUCAUUCGCUUUGUCGCAGAUAACCCUGGUGUCUGGUUCUUUCACUGCCACAUUGACUGGCAUUUGUCACAGGGUCUAGCUAUGACUCUGAUUGAAGCACCUGAGCAGAUGCAAGAGCGCAUGACGAUUCCAGCGGACCAGUAUAAGGCUUGUGAUGCGGCUGGUGUGAAAUAUGAAGGAAAUGCUGCUGGAAACACUGAAGAUUAUCUUGAUCUUACUGGCCAGAAUAAGCAAGUUCCUUGGUUGCCAGCUGGUUUCACUGCUAAAGGUAUUGUUGCUAUGGUGUUUUCUUGUGUUUCGGCUUUCUUGGGAAUGGCUUUUAUCUCUGUCUAUGGAAUGUCGGGUAUUCAACAGAGUAAGAAGGAAAAUGAGGCUCAAGAAACAGUGGUCAGCUCGGAGUCAUCUUGA